AUGCAAACCCUUGUCGGAUCAGCCAGAAUUUGGUUCAAUGACUUACCUGCUCGAAGCGUUCGAAGCUUCGAUGAUCUAAACAAAGGGUUCCUAGCCAAUUUCUCUCAACAGAGGCAGUAUGUCAAAGAUGCUACAGUGAUCUUUCAGAUCAAACAAAGAGAUGAUGAAAGCCUUCGAGCGUUCAUAGAAAGAUACAAGAAGGAAGGUCUAACUUAUGUGGGGGCAGACGAAAAGAUGAGGGUGGCCUGUUUCAUGAAUGCCAUUACCUCAAAAUAUCUCACAAGGGAUUUCAACAAAUCCCUGCCCAAGACCUUGGAAGAAGCUCUCGAUAGGGCUGAAGCCCACAUCCAGGGAGAGGAGGCAGUAGACAUUAAAGAACAAAUGAAAAGAGGAUCCAGCUAG